AUGAAACCUAUGUUUUACUUCCUUAUUGCCUUAACCGUUGUUUUGGCCACCACAGCAAAUGCCGGCGAACCAGUUCUCGACAGUGAUGGUGAUAUCAUAACCAACGGCAGUUACUUUGUUCUCCCUGCCAUCGUCGGCGCUAUUGGUGGCGGCCUGAAUCUCUCGGCCGAUCCUUGGCUAAAAUGUCCCUAUUAUAUUGGGCAGGAAGGUUCAAAGGUGAACAGGGGCUUUCCAGUUAAAUUCUCAAACUGGCAGUCUAAAGUUGGGUUCGUUCCUGAAUCAGAGAGGCUCAACAUCGAGAUGGAUGGCAAAGCUACGAUUUGUGUCCAGCCAACCUAUUGGUGGGGCAUUGGGGACGAUCCAUGGUUACAUUCGCUUUCCAUAAAGGUUGGUCCUAAGCCAGGUGCUGGAAAAGAUUCGAUCAACGCUUUCUUUCAGAUCAAGAAAACUGAAGAUGUUGGCGUUUACAAUAUUGCGAGUUGUCCUGUCGGUAACACUUGCGAGACUGUUGGGUUACUUGUGGGUGGUGGCGUUCGACGUUUGGUUGCAAGGUUUGCAUACGCUAAGCCAUUCCCGGUUCGGUUCGUGAAAGCUACUGGGACUUCGUCCAAGACUGUGUCUAUUAUCUGA